UUAAGGCCCCCAGAAACUUUCAUUAAUCUUAGAUUCUUACCUUACAUUGCCGCAGAGAAAUGUAUAUGCUAUUGUUUACUUGACAUGAUUUUGUUCUCGCCCUGGAAUUGCGCUAUUUGGCAAGAAAGAAACAAAAAUGAUCUUUUAAGAUAAAUGGGAUUUCGAUAUAUUUCUCUUAAAAAAAUGGUAUGAUAUGAUAUAUGUAGUAGAGUUUGGACCCCAAAAAACCCACUUGGUGUUGGGCCUUUUCUGGAUAAGAUCAUCAUGGGCUUGAUAUGCCAAAUUUCUGGGUUGAGUCAAAUGUCAGGCCACCAUAGAUGCAUGCAUUGGCAUUGUAAGGAGGGAAAAAUACAAAGAGGCACUCACUGUCACCGGUUGAGUAAUUUGUAGGCUAAAGAGACAGAGAGAGAUGUCAUGCUAAUGCCAGCAAAUUGAGAAUUUGAACCAAAAUCUGGCUGGUGUGACAUAGCAGAGGUCACGAUUCUUCUGGUGUCAUGGCUCCAUGAAGGUAGCCAGAUUAGUUUAAAGUUCCUGCAAAUCUUUUCAAGUUGUGGAGCAGCUAGUUUAGUUCAAGUACAUGAUAGAGUUCUUCCUUUACAACUCCUCCGUCUUCUAGUUGGUUGUAAACUCUCGCCAAAACUUCAUUGCCUAGCGCGAAUUUGAUGAACAUGGAAGUUGAUCACUCCCUGGAACAAGCUAAUGGUUCCUGUGAUGAUGAUGAUGGGCAGAUAAGAACUGGAACCUUAUGGACUUGCGUCGCGCAUAUAAUUACUGCUGUUAUUGGUGCUGGGGUUCUGUCUUUGGCAUGGAGUACUUCACAGCUGGGAUGGAUAGCAGGGCCAGUUGCCUUGCUUUGUUUUGCAAUCAUCACCUAUGUUUCUGCUUUCCUCCUUGCUGAUUGUUAUAGGUCCCCUGACCCCAUAAAAGGAACCCGAAACCGUACUUACAUCGAUGCUGUUAGAUUGAAUCUUGGUAAAAUUCAUGCCUGGUUUUGUGGUUUGCUUCAAAAUCUGAGUUUUUAUGGAACUGCUAUUGCUUAUGUUAUUACUACGUCAACCUGUAUGAGAGCAAUCCAGAAAUCAAACUGUUACCACAGAGAAGGGCAUGAUGCUCCAUGUGCAUAUGGAAACACCAUAUAUAUGCUACUCUUUGGAGCUGUUCAGAUUGUUGUUUCGCAGAUACCAGAUUUUCAUAACAUGGAAUGGCUCUCAGUUAUUGCAGCAAUCAUGUCCUUUACCUAUUCUUUCAUAGGAUUUGGACUUGGCUUUGCAAAAGUGAUAGAAAAUGGGACGAUUAAGGGGAGCUUAACUGGAGUACCAGCUGCUAAUACUGCUGACAAAUUAUGGCUAGCAUUCCAAGCACUUGGGGACAUUGCUUUUGCCUAUCCAUAUUCCAUGAUUCUCCUGGAGAUACAGGAUACUUUGAAGUCGCCUCCACCAGAAAACAAGACCAUGAAGAAGGCUUCAAUGCUUGCAAUCUUUAUGAUAACUUUCUUCUACCUUUGCUGUGGAUGUUUUGGAUAUGCAGCCUUUGGCAAUGAUACUCCUGGAAAUAUCUUGACAGGAUUCGGAUUCUAUGAGCCUUACUGGCUAGUUGACUUUGCCAAUGCUUGCAUUGUUCUUCAUUUGGUUGGUGGAUAUCAGAUGUACAGCCAGCCGGUAUUCGCCGUUUCUGAAAGAUGGUUUACUCAGAAAUAUCCAAACAGUGUAUUUGUGAACAAGUUUUUCACCUUCAAGCUCCCCUCAUUACCACCCUUGAAAGUAAAUCUUUUCAGGAUAUGCUUCAGAACAGCCUAUGUGGUGUCCACAACUGCAAUUGCAAUGGUUUUCCCUUACUUCAACCAAGUCUUGGGAGUGUUGGGUGCCUUGAACUUUUGGCCUUUGGCCAUAUAUUUUCCUGUGGAAAUGUACUUUGUGCAGAAGAAAAUUAGUCGUUGGACAAGAAAAUGGAUUGUUCUUAGGACAUUCAGCAUCUUUUGCUUGUUUAUUACCAUAAUCUGCUUAAUUGGAUCGAUUGAAGGGCUUAUAAGUGCCAAACUUGGUUGAAGAAAACUGCUUAUUAUGUUCUUCCUGAACUUGAAGUAGUAUCAUAAUAUAUAGGAAAAUAAUACAGUCACCGACGGUAGUGCACCGAAUGACAUGGCAAAAUCUUGACCGUUGAUUAAUUUUAACUUAAUAUUAAUCAACGAUCAGGACUUUGCCACGUCAUUCGAUGCACAAAUUCGGUGCACUACCGUCAGUAACUGUAGCAUUACUCUAAUAUAUAUAUCGAGUUAGGGGAAAAAUUCUGUAAAAAUACUGUUCUGGAAUGCUAAUGAAUUUGCAUCA